UUGGGGCGAGUACGAUCUGCAGUAGGCUGUGUAUACUAUACACACGCCUCAACAGCAGCAGCAAAGGCGUGAGGCUGUGGGGCGAGGCUCCGGACUUGUUGCGCCUUCUCCCUUUCCAGACAGCCUCCCUCCCUCUCUCUCUAUCCAGGACUGGGUGCGAGUCCUGACCGCGGAGCCUGCCUCUCUCUCCUUUUCUCCUCCUCUUUCUCCCCCUCCCCUCCUUUGGUGGAAAGGCGGAAACCCAGAAGGGGCGGGCCCUGGGCGCGCGCGCGUGGAUGUCACGGAGAGCGCUGCCUUUUCUGCCUGACAUCCGCACGCGGCUCGGCCCUGAAAAGGCGGCGCGCGAGCCGAGCGGCAGGCAAAGCCUCUGCAUCUCUCGUCGUCUCUCUCUCUCUCUCCACCCAGGAAGGCGAGGCGGACUCGGUCACUUUGGGCUGCCUUUUCCCCAGCCGAGGCGCCUGCUUGCCUUCGUCUAUGUGUGUGUGUCACUCCCGGAGCGCGUCUUAAUCAGCAGCUGCUGCUGCUGCUCUUGCUCCUCCGCCUUGAAUUGAAGAAGGAGUUCCCUCUCCGCCGUCUCCGCGUCGGAUCCAAAGCGAAGGCUUGCAAGGAAGGAAGGGCUUUCCCCUUUCCUUCGAUACAUCUCUCUCUGGAAAUGGAUACAUUUGCCUUCCUCUGGGGGUCUCUCCUCAUCUUCUUCUGGGCUGGGUCCGGAGUCCGAGCGCAAGCAGCAGCUCAGUCGUGUGGGGGCCGUUUGAAUUCCAAAGACGCUGGCUACAUCACUUCACCUGGCUACCCGCAUGACUACCCUUCCCACCAGAACUGUGAAUGGAUCAUUUAUGCCCCGGAACCAAAUCAGAAAAUUAUCCUCAACUUCAACCCUCAUUUUGAAAUUGAGAAACAUGACUGCAAAUACGAUUUCAUAGAGAUCCGGGAUGGAGACAGUGAAUCCGCUGACCUUCUGGGCAAGCACUGUGGAAAUAUUGCUCCUCCGACCAUCACCUCCACUGGUCCUUCCCUCUAUAUUAAGUUUACUUCAGACUACGCCCGUCAGGGGGCGGGCUUCUCUCUGCGCUAUGAGAUUUACAAGACAGGCUCAGAAGAUUGCUCUAGAAAUUUCACCGGCUCAAAUGGUACUAUUGAAUCCCCUGGAUUUCCUGAUAAAUAUCCUCACAAUUUGGACUGUGCCUUCACCAUCAUGGCCAAGCCAAAGAUGGAGAUCAUCCUUCAGUUUUUAACCUUUGACCUUGAGCAUGACCCCUUGCAAGUUGGAGAGGGUGAUUGCAAAUAUGAUUGGCUGGACAUCUGGGAUGGGAUUCCUCAAGUGGGUCCUUUGAUCGGCAGGUAUUGUGGCACUAAAACCCCAUCAGAGAUCCGUUCAACGACUGGCAUCCUGUCACUCACUUUCCACACCGAUUUAGCAGUGGCUAAAGAUGGCUUUUCAGCUCGCUAUUAUUUGGUCCAGCAGGAAGUACCAGAGAACUUCCAGUGCAACAGCCCACUGGGCAUGGAAUCAGGCCGAAUCUCUAACGAACAGAUCACCGCCUCCUCCACUUACUCCGAUGGCAGGUGGACCCCACAGCAGAGCCGUCUCAACAGUGAUGACAAUGGAUGGACUCCCAAUGUGGAUAGCAACAAGGAAUUUUUGCAGGUGGAUCUCCGCUUUCUCACAAUGCUGACAGCAAUUGCAACACAAGGUGCCAUCUCCAGAGAAACACAGACUGGGUAUUACGUUCGGACUUAUAAACUGGAGGUCAGCACAAAUGGCGAGGACUGGAUGAUGUACCGGCAUGGCAAAAACCAUAAAGUGUUCCAGGCUAACACUGAUGCUUCAGAAGUAGUCCUGAACAAAAUCCAUUCUCCAGUGUUGACUAGGUUUGUGAGGAUACGGCCGCAAAAUUGGCACAGUGGGAUUGCUCUGCGACUGGAGCUCUAUGGCUGUCGGAUCACAGAUUCGCCUUGCUCAAACAUGCUGGGGAUGCUCUCGGGCCUCAUCCCAGACUCGCAGAUCUCAGCUUCCUCUACCAGAGAGUACCACUGGGUCCCAAGUGUUGCUCGCCUGGUCAGCAGCCGCUCAGGAUGGUUCCCACGCAUCCCGCAAGCACAACCUGGGGAGGAGUGGCUGCAAGUGGACCUGGGAGUCCCCAAGAAUGUAAAAGGAGUAAUUAUCCAAGGGGCCCGAGGUGGGGACACCAGCAGCGCAGUAGAAGCCCGUGCAUUUGUGAAGAGGUUUAAAGUGGCCUACAGCAUGAACGGCAAAGAUUGGGAAUACAUACAGGACCUCAAAACAAUGCAAGCAAAGAUUUUUGAAGGAAACAUGCACUAUGAUACCCCUGAAGUUCGGCGGUUUGAUCCUGUUCCUGCACAGUUCGUCAGGGUCCACCCAGAGAGAUGGUCUCCAGCUGGGAUUGGAAUGCGACUGGAAGUCCUUGGCUGUGAUUGGAUGGAAGUAAAGUCCACUGCAGAGACCCUGAAGCCCACUUUGAAGAGCGAGGAGAUCACCACUCAUUUUCCCACUGAUGAAGAAGCAACAGACUGUGGUGAUGGCUGUGUGGAGAAUGGAGAUUUCCAGAUCCCUAUAGGAUUCAACUGUAACUUUGAUCUGCCUGGAGAUCUUUGUGGUUGGACGCCUGAUACAUCAGCAGGAUCUACAUGGACUUUCCAUUCUAGAAACCCCUGGACUAGCCACUCAGGACCAGGCAUUGAGGCUUAUCCAGAUGGCAAGACCUAUCUGAGGUUGCAGAGCAGUGCCAGGAGAGAAGGGCAACACGCUCGCCUUGUCAGCCCUGCUGUCUUCUUGCCCAGGAGCGCCGUCUGCAUGAUCUUCCGGUACCAGGUCUCCGGUGGGAGCGGGACCAUGUUGCAGGUGCGACGAGAAGCCACACAUGAGAACAAGGCCUUGUGGAUAAUCAGGGAGGAUCAAGGAGAAGAGUGGCGAGAAGGGCGGAUCCUUCUCUCUAGCUACGAAAUGGAGUAUCAGAUUGUGUUUGAAGGAAUUAUAAGCAAAGGACAUUCAGGAGAGAUUGCCAUCAAUGAUGUCCGGAUAGGCACCGAUACCUCCUUGGAGAACUGUAUGGAGCCUAUUGCAGCUUUCCCUGGUGAACACACAUAUGAAAUUCCAGUGGAUUUUCCAGCUUUAGAAAGUGAUAUCACAAUUCAUGGGGAAGAAUUUGGGGAUGACAAUGAAGAUGACUACUUGGGCCUGUCGAGAAACAAUACAUUGUUUUCAACCAACUCCCCACUAACCCCAAAAGUGGACAAGGAGAAGAGCUGGCUGUACACCCUGGACCCUAUCCUGGUCACCAUCAUAACUAUGAGUUCCCUGGGGGUUCUCCUCGGGGCCAUUUGUGCCGGCCUCUUGCUGUACUGUACCUGCUCCUAUGCUGGCCUGUCCUCUCGGAGCUCCACUACCCUGGAGAAUUACAAUUUUGAGCUUUAUGACGGCAUCAAACACAAGGUCAAAAUGAACCACCAAAAGUGUUGCUCUGAGGCAUGACUGAUUGCACCAGAAUCGCAUUUGACAUUUCAUUCCAGCAAGAGUGGCUGGUGAAGAUUACUUUUUAUAUGGGAACUGAAUGCCAUAAUCUUACACAAGCCGGGGCUGGAAUACUGAAGUGGGGAGGGGUCCCUGCCAGGCCUCUUUAUUGCAAAUGAAGAAGACGAUGACAAAGAAGAAGAAGCCAGGCAUAAGUUCUGAGCUGCAAAAACUAUGGCUAAUUGUUUUCAUGGGAGGAACUGGGUCGAGCAAAGCAAAUGGGGGCUGCAAUGCUUUACUUUUUAUGUCUUAUAUGAGCCGAUCUGAUCCAGAAGAGUCCAAGCGUUUGGCUUGCAUUCAAGAAGUGGGGAACAAAAUGUUGAUCAUUAUUUUCCACUUCCUUUCUCCGAAGGGAUGGGAGAGAACUCCAGAGAGCUUCUCUCACUUGCACCUCCAUUCUGGUGGCCCUUCUAUCUUUAGAAAUUACACAUCUUCACACACAUACAGAGCCCAUCCAACCGACUGCCAUUCAGAAAAGCUCCUUGAUUUUUAAGGGAUUUGUUCUUUGCUGUAGGUUAUAUAAGUCUGAGAAGCAGCGACUUCUAGGACCCAAGUGAAAGAGUGUUGUUGCCUUUUCCUUUUCUGAUCUGGAAGGGUCGAGCGAGGGGGGGAGGUUAUUAAGCUUAUAGGUCAAUGGGAGCAGCAGCGCUUUCUUUCCAGAUUACAAAGCAAAGGAGAAAAGGCAGCCUGAGGUGUGAGAGUCGACAGAAGCACCUCCUCGAGAGAAGCUGAAGAGCCUUAAAGUGAUUUGUGAAUAAGAGCCAUUUAUUAAAUCCAGAUCUUGGAUUGAAACAGCAGAGGCCUUUAUCACCAGGGCUCUUUCUUUUACUUUUCUUUCAGUCCCUUUAUAAAAAAAUCCCUCUACAAUCCUUUUUAUUAUAGGAAAAUUGCAGCAAACAAAAGACACAAUUAUAAGAUGCCCAAGAACUCAGGAGAUGGCUUUUUGUAUGCUUCAAGAGAAAGACAGGCUGCUAUAUAUAAAUAUAUUUUUGUUAAUGCUGUGGCCACUCUCGCUCUGAUGGAGAAGAAUAGAAUCAAGAGGAGGGAGUAGAAUGAACAUAGUGAUCCAGCCCACUGCAGACUCUUCUCGUGGGCAGGACUGGAUUUCUUCAUUAGCUGAUGCUAAGGGCUGAACUCCGCAAAGGGUUAUUGACAUUGCGUGGCCUUUGAACAAAUUGUAUGACAUCCUAUGGCCUAGACCCGAUAGCCGAUGAAAGCAUAACUUCUUUGCAGAGUCAGGUUCUUAGAUGGGACUCAACAAAUCCAAACCCAACAAUAACAAUAUUAUGGCAACAUUGCAGGGUAUCAAAUCUUAGCUGAUAUUCUAGUGUAGAGAUCGAAUAAAAGGUCUGGAACAGUCUGUUGUCAACUUCUUAUCCCUUCCGAACAAGUUGCUUCAUUGUGAUUUGAAAAGCAACUUGUUCAUUACUGAAGGGUUUGUUUGUGUAUGUGUGUGUAUGCGUGUAUUUUUUUCUUUGAUCAAGUGCCUUAGAAAAAUAUUUUUCCCCUUUACAUAGAGACUUGUGAUGUAUAAACCUACAAGGGAGGCAUUCACCCUUUCCCCUAUUCUUCUUCUUUUCGUCAUCAUCAUCAUCGUGUUCUUCAUAUUAUCUUUAUCAUCAUUGGAUCUCUACUGGGUAGAGUUUUGGCCUUUCCAGUGGUCAGAUAUAUUUCUAAUGCUGUCACUUGUACUGCUGUGCCAUGCUUGAAGUGUGUUGCAGACCAGUAAAAGAAACGUUUACAAAUGCCAAGUUUUGACCUCCAAUGCCUUUUAUUCCAGCUCUUGGCAAUCUUCAAGCCACUUGCUUAGGAGAACUCAGAGUGACUGCUUUGUAGGGGCAGUCUUCAGACUAAGCAGAAGGGAUUUUCAGUGAAAUUUCAACUAUUUAUGGUCAUUUGAGGAGUGACACCUAACAGCCUUGUAGUAAACAUUUUGCUGGUAUACUUUUGUCACAUUCACAUCAUCUCAUGUCUUGUGAUGUUCCAUUGGCAUAAGUAUUGAUAUGCUCUCUGCUAGAUGUAUAUGUCAAAUAAAUGAGCAUGCCUUGGGGCUACUUUACAUAUUACCCAUUCUAGAAGUGCACUUCAAAAUUCUAAUAUGUGAGCAUAACAGACAUAUCUUGAUGGACAUGUGAUAUACUUGUAUGCAUGUCUAUGGACAGAGGAUUUGCUGUGGCCCCUUAUCAAGUGUACACUGGCUAGUAAUGUGUAAAUGGUCAUAUGUAAUGUGUUGCCCCCGAGCAGGUUUGUUUGCAUGCUUUCCAUGCCAGCCAUCCCUCUCUUUUGGCAUGUGCAUUGCACCUCGCCAUGUAUUAAGCAUUUAUUUCCAGUAGUAUGCCACAAUCCAACACAGAGUUAGCCGAAACACUUAGGUGCCCACUGAUAUCAAAAUACUUAACUCUGUGAUGAAUCAUGGCCUUAACACAGUGUACAGGUUUUCACACUGUACUCGGUGUGACCCUGGGAUUCCUGAGAACAGAUAAGGAGUUUGGGAUUAACAUCCGUAAGCAUGAUAGACCAACUGUCUUAUGGAAUACAUGCCUCAAACAAAUUGAGAAUAUGCUCUACGUAUAGAAAAAUGCAGAGCAUAUUCUGAAAAACUACUGGCUAUAUUGCAGUGGUUCUCAACCUGUGGGUCCCUAGGUGUUUUGGCCUACAACUCUCAGAAAUCCCAGCCAAUUUACUAUCUAUUAAGAUUUCUGGAAGUUGAAGGCCAAAAACAUCUGGCGACCCCAGGUUGAGAACCACUGCUAUACUGGUUGAUCAUCCCUUAUCUGGAAUUUCAAAAUUCCAAGUACCCCAGAAUUAUUCAGAUCGGUUGUUGAGAUAGUGACAUUUUUGCUUUCUGAUGUUCAGUGUGCACAAACUUGAUUUAAUGCACAAAAAUAUAUUUAAAAUCAUUGUAUAAAAUAACCAUCAAGCUAUGUGUAUAAGGAGUACAUCAAACAUAAAUCAAUUUCAUGUUUAGACUUGGUCCCCAUUGUCAAGAUAACUCAUUAUGUAAGGAUAUACAAAUGUAGAUAUUCCAAAAUCUGAAAAAUUCCAAAGCCCUUCUUCUCCAAAGCAUUUCAAAUAAGGGAUACUCAACCUGUACCUCCACCUACCAUUCUUAAAAGCAACAGCAGCAAUGGGAGCCUUUAGUUUGUUCUAGAGGAGGUGUGUGGAACAUAAGGUUCAACAGAUAUUACUGAUCUACCGACAGUUGCCAUUUCUGGCCACUGGCCACUCUGGCAGAAACUGAGUGGAGUUGGGCUCCAUCCAAUGACAUCUAUUGGACCUCAUGCUCUCAGUCGCUAUACAUAGAGCAUAUUCUCAAUUUAUUUGUAGGCAAGGCUGGCAUGUAUUCCAUAAGCCAGUUGUUUCCUGUAAAUUGGCCAUAAGCUCCAAACUCCUGAGCAAGAAACCCACGGUAGACCUUCAGGAAGCUUCUUGAUAGAAGCUGUGGUAGGAAAUAUUUCUUGAUGGUGGAACGCUUAGAAAAACACAGUCUGAAAACUGCCCUACUUUCCAGCCCUCUAGAAACUACACCAUCCAAGUGCCCCUUGAUAAACAGAGAGUUCUAUAUCAAGUUUAUGUCAUAUAUAAGCACAUCCUCUCCCCUCUCCCGCCUGCCCCAAUUUUGAAGGAACUCAAAGCAUAAUCAUCAAUUUUACAGGGUCAUUUUGAAGACACUUGCUGCUACUGUCCUGAAAGGAAGGGCCCCAACUCAGCCAAAGUUAACUGUGUGUACAUCUCAUAGAUUUCGAUGGGAGGGUUCAGCAUGGGCUUACCUCUGGCUGGAUUGCGUCCCGACCUUAUUUCUCUUAACAUUUGUGUGACGGAUGAAGGAGGACAGGCUGUAUCUGCGAAGGUCACCUGGAUAGGAGUAAUAGAUAUAUUAAAAAGUAAUGUUGCUGUCUAUAGUAGACAUACAGAGGGAGUGGAGUUCGUGUAUGCAUAUAUUUCAAUACAUAUGUGUUUGCGCGUGCUUGUGAGUUCUCUGUAUGUAUUAUAUAUGUGAGUGGUUAUGUGGGACUACUUGUAUUCUUGAAUGGGAGGCCAGAGAAUUCUACUGCCCUUUGUGUGAAUUUUAACAGGGGGUCGAGCGCAAAACACCAGCAUCGUGAAACCAACUCCCUCUGGAGAACGUCCUGUCCUUUGCAUGCCACAUUGGUGGCCAUGGGGCUUGGCUGUAUGCACUCCAAGGAGCAGAAUCGGGCCAUAAUGCUGCAUAGCGGAUACCUCACUUACCUCUCUGCUGGGUGCUUUACUGUUUUAAUGCAGAAAACUGUGUUUGAUUGUAUUUUUAACAGGGCAAGGAAACAAAAAAAAAAAACCCUACUAGUGCGUAUAUAUUCAUAUCAGUACGUCUUCAUCAGCAAAUACAUAUGUUAGAUUUGAUUAUCUGUGUUCUUCGGAGAGUUUUUCCCCUUUCCAAAAUACACACACAAAAAUCCUACCCUCUGGCCUUGCUAACGCCUUUGUUGAAAUAUGUGUUGUUCCCUCUUACCCCCUCUCAAGGUCAUCUUAGUUUAGGUGGACAGGGCCUUGCAGUGUCCUCUGGUCCUUGCAAUUGUAGGGAGGUGUAGACAUUAACAAUGAAGCAUGGGGAUCUUUCAAAAAAGAAGAUCCCACUGGGAAAAUAAAUGAAUGCAGGAAAUAGAAUUUCUCACAUUUUUACCAGCUCAUGGUCGUUCAACCAUUUACUGGCAGAGCCAGGUCAUGUGGACUUUAAAGCUUUUACUGUGAUUCUUCUGUGUUUAAAGAAAAGACAAACUCAAAACUGUGUUUCUAUGAUUUGUACAAAAGCCUUUUAAAAUUACUAUUUAAUAAACAUUAUAGUAGAGA